AUGACUACAGACGGCACCUCCGGCAUCUCAGUCGAGCGCCUUGACUGGAACAACUACCCAGCAUGGGCAGCCAACAUGAAGUUCUUCCUCACCACCAAGAAGUGUUGGCACAUGGUCAUCCACACCGAGCCUGCAGCCAACGCUGAAGACCGCAAGGCAGACGAGCUCGCCCUCUCCUACAUCGGCCUGUGCGUCAAGCCGCUCGACGCCGUCAGCGAGCCCGGCCGUUUCAUCGGCUACCCCGCCAACACCAAGGGAUACAAGAUUCUACUUGACAACCGCACAACCGUCAUCAGCCGCGAUGUCACCUUCGAUGAGACCAGCUCCAUCCUGCCCAAGACCAACCUGCCUAAGACCAACCUGCCCAAGACCAACUUGCCCGAGACCAUUCCCUUCAGCGACACCGACGACAAUGAAGCCGUGGGAGCGCCAGCCGAGCCCGAAGCUCCACCUUCCCCUCCCAUCGCACUGCGACGCACCGAGCGCGCCGCUGCACGCCGUCCAGCCAGCUUGUGGCAGGACGACGCCUACCGCAUCACUGAUCGCACCACCGCCAUCGUCAACAUUGCCACCACCGCUGCUGAGCCCACCAGCCUGGAGGAAGCCCUGCAAUCCCCCGAGGCCGACCAGUGGCGCCUCGCCAUGGAUGAGGAGAUUGCAUCCCUCGCCGCCAACGACACCUGGACCCUGCAACCUGCACCUCCCAGCAUCAAGCCCAUCCCAGUCAA